AAUACGCUAAUUAUACUGUCAAAUAGUGGCGCAUCAUCGAGGGGGCAAACAUUUCUUUUGUUCGCCGAAAACAUUUCUCAGCUGAACUCCCACACUCUCUUACUUGGCCUUCUCCAAUUUCAUCAAAAAGUAAGAAGAUAGCUAUGGACCCUUCAGAGCUUAGGUAUUAUGAGGACGAUGACACUCCAACAAUGAAAAUAAUCAAGGGUACAACUACUGGUUUUGUUGCCGGAACUAUCUGGGGAACCAUUGUUGCUACGUGGUAUGAUGUGCCUCGUGUUGAGAGAAGUGUUGCCCUACCAGGGCUUGUAAGAACACUGAAGAUGAUGGGCAAUUAUGGAAUGACAUUUGCUGCAAUUGGGGGAGUCUAUAUUGGUGUUGAGCAGCUUUUGCAGAAUUAUAGGAUGAAGAGAGACUUUGUCAAUGGUGCUGUUGGUGGUUUCGUGGCUGGGGCUUCCAUCCUUGGUUUCAAAGGGAGGAGCAUCUCAAGAGCUAUUUCUGCUGGAUCGGUGCUGGGAUUCACCUCCGCCGCAAUUGAUGCUGGAGGUCAGACAACAAGACAAGAAGUAGGCAAAGAGCUUUACCCUUAUACCAUCAAGAAAAGACCUGCUGAUUCAUAAACCCUGCAUGUAAAUGUUGAGAAGACACAUCAAACUUAAUGCGAGAUAAUCAGUCCUGUUUGUUGAACUGGAUGUCUUUGUUUUUGAAGAUUUAAUCAUACUCUCAGUUCCCUUUUGCUCUUUGCUUUUAGAGAGAGAAUGUUGGUUUGAAUAAAAAUACCUUGUCAUUUAUCAAAAUCAUGUUAUAGAUGACAGUUUCUGAAACUAUUGAAUUCUUUAUUACUGCUUUUGCAAUUGUUAUUAAUUUUUGCUGUA